AUGUUUUUUGUGGUUUAUUUUAUUUUUAUAUUAUUUAAUUUGGUUAGUUGUUUUGAUACAACUGUUAGAUUGUAUCGUGAUUUAUUAAAUGAUUAUGAACCUGAUGUUCGUCCCUCUAUAAGGCAUGAUAUGCCAAUUAAUGUUAUAUUUAGUUUUUCAUUAACACAAAUAAUUGAUGUUGAUGAAAAAAAUCAAAUAAUUACUACAAAUGGUUGGAUUAAUCAAAAAUGGAAUGACUAUAAACUUGUGUGGAAUCCUAGAAAAUAUGAUAAUAUUACAAAAAUUCAUAUUGCUUUUGAUAAACUUUGGAAACCUGAUAUUGUUUUGUAUAACAAUGCUGAUUCAGAAUAUACAAAAAGUAUCUUAAGUACAGAUUUAAUUGUUGAUUAUCAAGGUAAUGUUACAUGGAUAUCUACUGGAAUAUUUAAAAGUAGUUGUCCAUUAGAUGUUCGUUAUUAUCCAUUUGAUAGUCAAAAUUGUUAUUUAAAAUUUGCUUCAUGGGCAUAUGAUGGAACUAAAAUUGAUAUAUCAACAAAUAAUAAUUCUGGUGUUCAGUCAUACUAUAUUACAAGUACAGAAUGGCAUUUAAAUAUGGUAAAAUCUGAAAAACAAACAACAUUUUAUUCAUGUUGUGAAGAGGCAUAUCCAUAUAUUGAUAUUAUGAUAAGUAUUCAACGUCGUCCUCUAUUUUAUAUAUUUAAUCUUAUUUUACCAUGUGUUUUGAUUUCAAUAAUUGCAUUGUUAGGUUUUUAUAUGCCAUCUGAUUCUGGUGAAAAAGUAACAUUAGGUAUAACAUCACUUCUAUCAACAACUGUCUUUCUUAUGCUUGUAGCAGAAGGAAUGCCUCCAACAUCAGAAGCAUUACCACUAAUAGGAAUAUACUAUGGUGUAACAAUAUUUAUUGUUUCAUUAGCUACAACAAUGACAGUUUUUACAUUAAAUAUUCAUCAUUAUGGAAUUCAGGGAAAAGAAGUACCGUUAAUAAUUCAAUGUAUUGCUUUUAAGUUUUUAGCACCAAUUAUGUUGUUACGGAUUAAUAAAUAUCAUUCAAUUACCAGUCAUGUUGACUGGCUUUAUAACAAAUAUAAAAAAGAAGAGGAAGAAUUAUUAGAGGAUAGACCAUUUCUUAAACCAAAAAUAAACAAUAAUAAUACAUCAGAAACUCCUACAACUGAUGACGAAAAAUGUCAGAAUGAUUUUUUAUUUGUUUUAGAAAAACUUCAUACAACAAUGGAAAGGAAUGAAUUUAGAUUAGCAGAAAAAGAUAUCAGGAAUACAAGGAAAUUAGAAUGGCAACAGGUAGCCUUAGUUUUAGAUCGUUUUUUUUUAAUAAUAUUUAUACUUGGAACAUUAAUAAUUUCAAUGGCAAUAUUAUUUAAACGUCAAAUUGAAUUAUUAUUUUAG